UAGCAGCUGAGCAUACUGGCCGGAGUUCAGUUGAGAGCAUUUGAGAGGUCUGCUUCGAGAUUGUAGGAUAUGAGGGGAAGACCCAAGAGCAAGAAGCAUGGGAGCGGCGCAGCAGCGCUGUGGCUCCUGCUGCCUCUUCUCGUUAUGAUUGUGCUCAAGACCAAUCUCCUUCCGCAGGUUGCCCGCUAUUCCAUUGUCGGCUCACCACCUUCUGCUGCAUCAGGAGACAAGAUGGCUGGCGACGUCGAUGCAACGAAAGGUUACAACCAACAAAACCAAAUCGAUACAACGAGCAGGGAAGAGGACAGUUCUGUGAGAAAUUCAGAUGUGGCAGCACCACUAGGUAGCAAGUUAAGCUGCAACUUCAGCGAUCAUCAAUCCAACACCUGCACCAUGGAAGGCGACCUGCGCAUCCAUGGCAAAUCCGCCACCGUCUACGUCGCCUCGGCGUCCACCUACCGGCCGGAGAACUCGACGAUCAAGCUCCGCCCGUACGCACGAAAGUGGGAGGAUCAGGUCAUGCUCCUGGUUCGGGAGGUCACCGUGCGAUCCAGCCCGCCAGCAGGAGGUGCCGACGACGACGCCGUCACCCCACCGGAGUGCUCGAUUCGGCACGAUGUGCCAGCCGUGGUUUUCUCUACAGGCGGCUACAACCGGAACUUCUUCCACGUCAUGACCGACGUGAUCAUCCCACUCUACCUCACGGCCCGUGAGUACGAUGGCCGCGUGCAGCUGCUCGCCACCGACUACGAACCCAAGUGGAUUGCCAAGUACAAGUCCAUCCUCGCCGCGCUAUCCGCCUACCCUGUCAUAGACAUGGACUCCGACGAUGACGGCGUGCGCUGCUUCCCGUCGGCUCGUGUCGGGCUGGAGAGUCACAAGGAGUUCGGCAUCGUCCCGGGUCUCUCCCGCAACGGCUACACUAUGACGAGCUUCCGGGAAUUCAUCCGCUCCGCCUACUCGUUGCAGCGGCCACGGGCGGCGCCGGCGAGCAGGAGCUCCGGCGGACGGAAGCCCCGGCUCGUCCUGAUCCUGCGUCGCAACUCGAGGCAACUGAAGAACGAAGCCGACGCCAUCGCCGCCGCGACCGAGGUGGGCUUCGAUGUGGUUCCUGCGGGGCCGGAUGACGUCAGUGACCUGGAACGGUUCUCGGCGGCGGUGAACUCCUGCGACGUGCUCAUGGGCGUGCACGGUGCCGGGCUGGCCAACAUGCUGUUCCUGCCUGACAACGCCACGGUGGUGCAGAUCAUCCCGUGGGGCGAGCUCAAGUGGCCGUGCCGGCACUCGUUCGGCGAGCCGGUGGCACCCAUGGGCCUCCGGUACCUCGAGUACGAGGCCACGGCGGACGAGACCACUCUGAACGAGACCUACCCCAGGGACCACGCAGUGUUUACGGACCCCAUCUCCGUACACCGCCAGGGGUUUGACAAGGUGUGGAACAUCUUCAUUAACGGGCAGCACGUCAUCGUAGAUAUCAAACGGUUCAGAGGGUUCGUGGAGCAGCUGUACAAAGCCACCACGACGGAGUAGAGUAGGCAUCAGGUGGCGGCAGAUGUGGGAUGGAUCAAUGCAAUGUGUAAUUCUGCUCUUAUCUUCGCUGUUUAUUUUUCAGCUCAUACUCAAGGUUAACUAGUGCUUAUUCGAGGAAAGAAUAAGUUGAAUAGUUGUUGAAGUGUUGAGAGCCGUGGUACGGGAAGGGAAGGGAAGAAACAAAUACGUGAUAACGUGAAUUCAGACUUAUCAUGCGAAUCGGCUAUUCAGCUAUGCU